AUGAACUCUCGAAUGUCGAAACUGCGGAGGAGCAUUUCGCGGAGUGUCUUCCAGCUGAACAGCUCACUGAGCAGGCAGAACAGUCUGAACGGACUCGUCGAGUUACCGACAAUGUCGAAUACGACACUGGUGGACAAGUUCGCGGUGAGUUACAAGAAGUUUGGAGCUCGUUCAGUGAGCGGCACUAGACAUCUCGGUUCAUUUUUCAACUUAAAAUGAGCAGAACAUGUGUAAUACCAAUCACAGAGGGCUCGGCGAGCAAAAGGAAUAGUUGUCGUAUGAAUGAAUUCUUCUGUUUCGAUUUCACAUUAACUUCGGGGGCGCCAUGGUGAUGUGCUCUCUCCCAGUGUUUCUUUUUCUCAUUGGAGCGCACUUCCAAAAUGUUUGUUUCCGGCAAACAUGCGCAGAGUGCUGCACCCGGAAACUGUAAACAAGCCGGAUGAAAGAGAAGUUUUUGUUGCAGACUCCGAGCAAUUUCCGCCAACUACGCGACCUGAUACGCAACAAUAAUGAACUGCUCGCGGAGGUUGUGGCCGCGUUUGAGGAGAAGGCGGCCCUCGAUUUCCAGUACUCGAAGACGUUGAAGAAGAUUUCGAUUAGACUGCACAAACUGACACAGAGUGCCGAAUCGUAAGUGGAACGGAAAAAAGUUUGGAAGUGAAUUGGAGCUGGAUUGCAGAGGAAUCGAUAAAGGAUGGACCAACGUGGCGGAGCAGUUCGAUAUCCACGCGACAAUCCACAGUAACCUCGGCUCCGCGCUCACCGAAGACAUUGUCCAACCGCUGAGAUCAGUGCAGUCCAGCCAACAAAAGACCAUCAGAGCAGCGGAUAACUUUGUGGAGCGGGAAAUUCGAAAGUUGAAGGAGAAGAAGGACGAAACGGCGAAGAUGAAACGGAGUUUGUACGUGUUGAGCAAGGAGCUGGAGAAGACGGAAAUGGCCGCGGAGAAGGAGAAAGCCCAGCCGGAGAAGUACUCGUUGCGCAAGAAAAAGUACAGAGAGCAAAUGGUACGAAACGAGGACGAUUACGUGUGGCAGACGGUGGAUUUGGAGAAGCAGAGGAGGUGAGAGGAUCGAAGAAAAGAGGGAGCGGAGAGGAAAAAGAGAAGCAUUUCAGAGUGACGGAGAAUGUUCUGAGGAAGGGAGUAGAAAGCAUGGAGGCAGUGGAGAGACAGAGAUUGGCUCACUGUCAGACGGCGCUCGGCAGGUACAAGAGGAAGAUCGAGACGUUGGGACCGAAUCUGCAGCAGGUACUGCAACAUGAACUUCCCAAAACUUCCCUCGUUUUCAGAUGUUCGAACGGCAUUCAAAUAACCUGGAAUUGGCAGUGGAUUCGGUCCCGGAGGACUACAUCCAGACGAUCCAGCCGUCCACUUCGGCAGUCAACCAUGUCACGCUCAUCGACCUUCAUGUGAAUUUCACUUAUUCAACCAAGGAAUUUUUCUCCGUGUUCAGGCAGAGAACUUCGGCGAAGUGAUGUCUUCAACUCGACGUCGCCAGAAUCUGGAACGCGUUUCGGGAGUUUUGGACGGAGAGCUGAAGAGACUGUACAAUAAUCAGACAGCCGAUGUGAUGGUUUCCAAUUCCAAACAAAUGGUAAUCGAAGAAUUAUAUUGAAAAGAUUUGAAAAUUCAAAAUAUUUUCAGAGUGUUCUAGAAUUCAUAGAAUAUUUGUACUACAAAGUGAACGAUUCGAUAAACAUAGUGGACGGAGGGCACAAUCGGGGAUUCCACAGACUCGCCCGGUUCCAGCACAAGAUCAAGGACAAGUCGGUGUGUUCUGAGACCUCCUUUCAAUUUCUUCCUUUCCGAUUUCAGGGUUUGCCCAUGACCAUCCUCACAGUUCCGCUUUCUGGUGAAAACAAUUCGCUCCCGCCGCCGAGUCUCUCUUUUGACACUUCCAAUUACCCUUCGCCACGUGGCAGCAAUGAAUACGAAGAGUACGAAAAGGUACUUGUCCCGCUCUCUCUCAUUCUCCCUCUUCAAUUCCUUUUCAGAUAUCGGAUGACGGCUUCUACUCGACGACGACGACGUCUUCAGCGGGUCAACAGAGAAAUGAUCCCACCAUCUGCCGGGUUCUUUAUGAUUUCGAACCGAAACAUGCGGAUGAGAUACAGGUGAACCUACUCCCUCACCGAUCCUUCCACUCCUUUGCAUUUCAGAUCCGCGAAGGUCAAUGUGUUCUCGUGGAGGAUCGGAUCGGAGAAGACUGGCUCAUCGGCCACGUCAUCAGCCAACCGGAUAGCUCGUCGAUCGAUCGGAAAUCCGGAAGGUUUCCGACCACUUAUGUUUCACUUAGGCAAUGA